CAUUACAGAAGCCGCAUGAAAACAACAAGCGUGCUUCUUCAUAAUUCUUAAGCAAUGGGUGUUCCAGCAUUUUUUAGGUGGCUAAGUCGCAAAUAUGCCUCCAUUGUGGUGCAUUGUGUGGAAGAAAAGCCUAAGGAGGUGAAUGGGGUCAAUGUGCCAGUUGACGGUAGCAAGCCUAACCCCAAUGACAUCGAAUUUGACAACCUCUACUUGGACAUGAAUGGCAUUAUCCAUCCAUGCUGCCAUCCUGAAGACAAACCUGCUCCCAAGAAUGAGGAUGAGAUGAUGGUCUUGAUCUUUGAGUAUAUUGAUCGUAUUUUCUCUAUCGUACGUCCCAGGAAAGUCCUCUAUAUGGCUAUAGAUGGAGUGGCUCCAAGAGCAAAGAUGAAUCAACAGAGAUCAAGGCGAUUCCGAGCUUCAAAAGAAGCAAUAGAGAAGACAGAGACAAUAGCUCAACUCCGGGAAGAGAUCUUUUCAAAGGGUUUUUCUCUCCCCCCAGAGAAACCUGCUCAAGAAAAGUUUGACAGCAACUGUAUCACUCCGGGAACACCAUUUAUGUUCAAACUGGCCGACUGUCUACGUUACUACAUUCACGAUCGGCUCAACCAUGACUCUGGCUGGAAUGGUAUCAAGGUGAUCCUGUCUGAUGCCAAUGUCCCAGGAGAGGGUGAACACAAAAUCAUGGACUACAUCAGAAGACAGAGAGCUAUGCCGUCCCAUGACCCUAACACCCAUCACUGUCUCUGUGGAGCUGAUGCUGAUCUCAUUAUGCUGGGCCUGGCAACCCAUGAGCCGUACUUCACCAUCAUCAGAGAGGAGUUCAAACCCAACAAACCCAAGCCAUGUGAACUGUGUGGACAGAUGGGUCAUGAAAUGAAGGAGUGUGCUGGCUUGCCAAAGGAAAAAUCUGGAGAGCAUGAUGAGAUUCAGCCCUUCGUUGGUGCCGAGCAGGAGUUCAUAUUUCUGCGACUGAACAUCCUCCGAGAGUACUUGGAGCGAGAGUUGAAGAUGGAUGGCCUACCAUUUGAGUAUGAUUUUGAGAGAGCAUUGGAUGACUGGGUGUUCAUGUGCUUCUUUGUGGGAAAUGACUUUCUGCCUCAUCUUCCGUCCUUGGAAAUCAGGGAGGGAGCUAUAGACAGACUGAUAAAACUCUACAAGAUCACUGUCUACAAGACUGGGGGCUAUUUGACAGACAGUGGAGUUGUGUCCUUGGAGAGAGUCCAGCUUGUCAUGGCAGAUCUGGGUCAAGUGGAAGAUGAGAUUUUUAAGAAGAGGAGAGAAACAGAGGUAAUGAUGCUCAGCAUGCUCCUAGACUCGGGGAUCUUGAUUUCCCGGAGGCGUAAUAAGGAAAAGAAAAUGAGGAUGAAAAAUCAACGACAAGGAGACCGACCACGAUGGAUGGCAGGGGGACAGUUCGCUCCGAAGCCAAUUGGUGAAGGUGCAUCUCCUGUGUCCAACCCGCGUCAAGAAGCCUACCAGAUGAGGAUGCAGCAGACAGCAUCAUACUCCACAUCUAGUGGAGGCUCUGCCAAUCGGAAUGCUGCGCAUGACUUGAAGCAGUCGAUGGCCGAAAAUGGUGGGGAAAGUCGGGGAACAAAGCUCGGAGCAUUGGCCGUGGAGGAAGAAGAGGAAGAAGAACCUGACGAUGAAGUCAAACUAUGGGAAGAUGGCUGGAAAGAUAGAUAUUACAAGUCCAAGUUUGACACAGAUGCAAAUGACAUUGACUUUCGACAUAAAGUGGCUCACCACUAUGUGCGGGGAUUGUGUUGGGUGUUGAGGUACUACUAUCAGGGCUGUGCUUCCUGGAAAUGGUACUUCCCCUAUCAUUAUGCACCAUUUGCAUCCGAUUUUGUCAACAUUGGCGACCUUCCCAACGACUUUGAGAGGAACACUGAGCCAUUCCAGCCCCUGGAACAGCUGAUGAGUGUCUUCCCCGCCGGCAGCAAGCAGCAUCUCCCCCUUACCUGGCAGACUCUCAUGGAGGAACCGGAAUCACCAAUCAUUGAUUUCUACCCCACAGACUUCAAGAUAGAUUUGAAUGGGAAGAAAUAUGCCUGGCAGGGUGUUGCUCUGUUGCCCUUUGUGGAUGAGAAGAGGCUGAAGGAGGCCCUGAAGAGUGUGUAUCCCGAUCUCACAGCCGCUGAACGGAAGAGAAAUGUUCGUGGUGAUGAUCGCUUAAUGUUUGUAAAAGCCACUGAGCCUGUAGAUUUGGAUGCUGGUCUGUCGGAAGGAGUCUCAGGGAAAAUCUGGUGUGAUGAUUUAGCGGUGCUAACUGGAGGUGUUGUGCAAUCUAUUCUGCCUGCACUGAAAGAUGUCGAGGAUAACAGAGCUAUUGGUGUUCACUUCAAGGAUCCAAAGUUCGAUGCUGAUCAUCUCUUUCCUGCCAAGGUCCUGCCUGGUGCCAACAUGCCUGCGAAGGUGUUGAAGCCAGAGGACUUCGAGAAGAUGUUCCGGAGCCAGCAAGAACGAGGACGUGGUCGGGGACGGGACGGACGUGGCGGGUACGGUGGGCGUGGCGGCAUGGGCUGGAGGCCACAGCUUGGCUUCACCCCAGACAGUGGGUACAGACAGGAUAAAGACAUAUCUUCAGCCCUCAGAAUGAUCAGACAUGGGAGCCAGGGUUAUGGAGGGGGUCAGAAUUAUGUCAUGUCAUCCCAGAACAUGCAUCACUCUCAGUAUCAUGCAGGUCGCAACUACGGAGGUGGUGGCAGCCAGUAUGGAAGCUACAGCACUGGUGCCAGUGGAGGAGGUGGACGAAGUGGAGGAGGAGGUGGUGGAGGACAAGGGUGGCAGAGGAAUAUGGAUCGGUAUGGAGGGGGGCAGGGGAGCCGCCAGAUGGGUGGCUACAGCAGCAGCUACGGAGGUGGCAGCAGCCAGGGCUAUAGUGGAGGCUAUGGUAGCGGCUAUGGCGGAGGCUAUGGUGGCAGCUCCGGUGGUAGCUCCGCUGGUGAUAGCAGCUAUGGUGGUCAGUCAAGGGAGUAUGGAGGUCAGAGGACCAGUCAGUCAGGACAGGAUCGGUAUCGACCAUACAAUCAACAGCAACAGCAACAGCAGUCACAAGGCAGGAGUAGUGGUAACUACAGACGGUAUUGAACCUGGACUGAGGUCAGAUAGAGCUGACAUAUCUGGUGAUUCGUCUACAUUCAGGCAGCUGAACAUCUCGGUGUUGUAGACAUCUCAAUACAGUCAAUCAUUGCUACUCUAACAGAAGGGUCACUGUAAUUUUCAUAAAGAAUAAGUUACCAAACAGGUGUUUAUGUCAAAGCGUGGCUUUUUUAAAUAAAACAAAAUUCACAGAUUCGACUGACCCAAAAUUACUGUGUGUUUAUGGAUGAAACUGAAGGACUACUAGACAAUCAGUUUAACUACAUCAAACAAUGAGAAAGGGUUAACUAACUGUGCACACAUUGCAUCCUAUUCACAAAGCUUGAAAUAAAUGUCAGUUACAAACAUCUUUUUAUAUUUUAGUUUUUUCCAAUCUUCUGACAAGAUUUCUUCUGUAAACCAAGAAGUAAGAUCCUAAUUUUCAUGGAACCACAUUUUGUAUUUUCAGGGAUCUUGUGUUUUUCUGCUGAAUGUUUAGCAACUUUUGAUGUAAAAUGUUUUGCAAAACACAAUAUUUUGAGAUUACAAUAUCCAAUGCCACACCAGGUUGGUCUGUUAAUGACUGCCUGUCAUGGUCCAGACUUGUUUCAUGUAAAUAGGCGUGUAUUAUAUUGAUGUGACUGAAAUAGAACAUGUACAUAGCUGUCAUUAGGCCAAGAAAAAAAAUAACUUGUUUCCGGUAAAAUGAACAGUUAUGGGUUCCUGGGUAGGUUGAUUGUUAAUUAAAUAUUUUAUCUUUUAAUGAUGUUAAC